CGGCGUUGUUGCUGCUUUGCUGCUCGACGUGGGGGGGUGUUGCAGGAGGUUUGGCGUGGCUGCUGUGUUUGUGGCAACAUGGUUGAGAGGGGCUGUUGUUUGGCUUUCGUCAGUUUUCACAAAAAAGGUGUUUUGUUUGUGCGCGGCACGCGAAGCCAAAUUACAAUUCGUUCUUUUAGCAUUUGACGCCGUGAGAUUCUGCUGUGUGUGGAGUAACUGCAGUCGGAUCUUACAAGCUCGUGGGAUUUAAACAUCUGCAAGCUCGUGCGGUUACAGUGCUAUACUCUUAACAGUAACGAUACUCGGUUGGAUCUGCGAAUGGCAGCGGAUGCACCUGUCAAAUUUGCGUAUUAGUUAACUUUUUUUUUGCUUGUUGAUUGAACCAUUUUAUAUUCCCUUGCUUGUUAGUGUACAUUUAAUCAUUACUAUGGAACAACUGUGGAUGUUUUCUUUGUGUGCAGUAUUUCUUGUUCCGACUACAUUUGCGGAGCACACCGCUUUAAUCCCCGUUGCAUUUCCUGCGUGUGUCCGAACAUAGCAGGUACUGUACCAAACAUCUAUGCGUGUUUGUUUUUAAGUAACCUGUAUAACACUUCAACCAAUCCAUGACCACGCGUUUGACCCAUUUUGGUUGUUUUCAGCAUUAUCUAAUGGCGUGGGUAACAGCUCCUGGGUAGCGAUUCGCAUUGCGCGCGAUGCACAUUUAAAUCGCUUUGCUGUUUUGGAACGUCAAGUAAAAUUGCAGAGGCGACCUUGCCUAGUUACUGUACAAGCAACUCUUUUAUGUAUCGGGUUGUCGCUUUCAUUAAUGCCCGCCGCAUUUGUAUAACAGCUGCUGUGAUGCCACUGGUCUUGGCUUUGGUCACUAAUGCGUCAAGCCCCCUCCCCGGAUUAAAGACUUGAAGCGGGAGAUUGUAAACAACAUGUGGUUGUGGGUUGUUCUCAUGAAACAACUGGAUGGGCCAUCGAUUCCGGCUGUUGCAGUUAUUGACACCCACAGGUUCCACUGGGUUUUAUUUAUCACACCGUAGUAUGACACAUUGCAACAAAGGCACUAUUAUCUAAAUACGCAAGAACGGCCAGAUUUUCUUUUUUUACUUAACGCGUGCUUUACAGAAUUUAGAUUGCACGCUUUUGACCAUAACGGUCUAGUGUUCUGAAUGCUUCAGUAAAAUAAAAGUGUGGUUGUAGCAAAAAAAAGUCUGCACAUUUUCCCAUCUGUUACUGUGUAAAUCAGCCUGUUGCUCAUAUAAAACUUGCAUCUUGAUAAAACCAUAACUCUACUAACAAAUGGAAUGUUACGUAUAUGGAAAAACUGGUAAUCUUGGGAGGAAAACGUUAAUAUUAUUGACACAUUACUGGAAGUACAGCCGCGCGACAGACACGUGAGUCUAUAACCAAAUUCAUGCAAAACAUGCUAUACAUAGUCUUUGGCUCGCGCAUUUACAUUUUACAUGCUUGGUUAGGGGGUUUGACCAUUCUUUACAUUUUUACUUUUACCCUCAAUAUGUGCGCAUGGAAUCGUGCGUGAUAAUGCACGAAACGUAUAUGUUCUGUGUAAUACUCGUCAUUUUGAGGACCCCAGGUGACUUGAAAAUGACACUAUCCUCGCCUCUUGAAGUUCCCACGUGGUUAAAUAAAAUAACUCCCGUGGCCACUAGAGGCGCCAGCUUUCACCGCAUAUGAAAAAUGGAAAUCAUGACGAGACACUGCAGUCAACUCAAAUUACAAAUUAUGUCACCAAUUAAUAUACUCUACAUUAUGAUAGCGAAUGACACAAUUACUAUUGUAAUCGAUCCCAGGUCUGAUCAUGACCCUGAGUCAUGACAAUUAAAUUAAUCUUAGGGGGUUGCAUGUUUUACACUUGUACUUGGUAAAGAUUGCUACAGAAUGUACACUAAAAUGGAAUGACGGGAGCACAUCAUCUGGGAGGGACUGAUGCUCCAACAAUAAACCCAUGGAUCAAAGAACUGAGCGCAAAUCACAAAUAUCAAUCUACCAACUGGUAGAUGGAAACAUGACACUCCUUAAAAAGUCUGGAGUCUCAGCGAGGCCUUCAUGUUUAAAGACGUGUAAUAAAUAGUGUGGAAACAUUUCCGAAUAACCGAUAACACAGUACACAUUUGUCAUGGCAUAUACAGCAUUGCUUCCUAUAGUUGUCGUCCUAGGAAUGUGGAAUUUCCACCACUCGCUCAGGACCACUAAAGGAGAUGGAUGAGCGCCGAAUCUUUUACCACUGGGGCAAGGAGGGGGGUGGGGCUAUUUUAGGACCGCGUUAACUCGGCUCAUGAUUCAGAAGCUGGCGGAAUGUGAAAUAAUACAAAAGGUGAGAUGUUCAGGUUAACGGUCAUAAGGUCAGUUGGCUCAGGUGCUUUGAGGUUAGGCUCGGGGUGGCUUGCCCUAGCUGAUGGCUACUUACAAUGUGUUGGCAAGCAAAAAGUAAAGAGGUUCAUUUGCCCAUGUGAUUAAAGGUCAGGUCAGGGUGAUGUCCUUUGCAGAGCCGUUCAAUAAAGCUUCUUGCAGUAGUAGCAACAGCAGCUGCAACAUUCGAGAGUGGAUUAAUGCAACUGGAGCAGAAAGUGUAAAUUUUUUCUAUGUUUGCGGCUUCAUGUUGCUCCGUUUACAGUAUUAGUUGGUCGAAGGCAAACAAGUGUUUAAAGAAAAACAUUCUAACGUCAAGUAAAGUCGCUCUGCUUUGUAUAUACAGUACAGUUAUGGAAGGCAAAACAAACGUGAAUGUUAUUAAAAUAUGGCAUUUUAAUUAAACACAUUAACUCUGGAAAUGAGCUGAAGAAAGUAUUAUGCAAAGUUAAAUAUAGUAUCCUACAGUAUAGAAGACCUAACAGAGAAUGGCUUGACGACAUACGAGAUUGGUGCCAGAAAGAUGUGCACUACUUGAGCAUAUUGGCACAAUACGGGAAAAUUUAAACAAAUGACGAAAUGUGCAGUGGACACAUACUGGACUACCCAUGGAUCGUGAUGAUGAUGACAGUAUAUUAGUUUCAUGUAAAAAGUGUUAAGUGAAAUGGCACAAUGGGUGUACACUAAUGCCCCCACCCCAUUAUAUUACAUAGAGUAAAUAUGCAUUGAACUCUAUUGCAUAAUUGACACAGUUAAAUAACAGGAAAGAUUCGAGCAAUAAGCACUACGUGGGCUACCAAAGGGGACCCAAAAGUAAAACAAUUACACCCACUGGCCCCCGCCUUUUAAGGCCCCCGCCUUUAAGGCCCCACUCUCCCCCAGCAUUCCUGCCUUUGUUUUGGUCUUGCAAAAAAACACACUGGGGAGAAGUUCUCGGUGUUCUUUUUCCAGUGGCGUUUCUUCCUUCCUGCCCCGCAUCGACUCAUGGCCAUCCCUUUCAGUUUCUGGCUUGGCGUUAUUUGGGCGUUUGAGGCAGAGCCCUUCUAGUUCGUGACUUUAUGGGCCCAACUCGCCGGUCUUGCAAGCUUCUCGUAUUACCGUGGAGCAAACUGAUGGCUCCAACAGAUGAAUCUGUCUCUUCCCCCCCUGCCCCCACGUCGUUUCCUGGGAGCUGUAACUAACUCGUUUAGUAGCGGUGGUAGCAAAGGCAGUACGAUCGUAACAAUUCUGGAAGCAGACACAUUUGAUGUCAUUUAACUUUAUGGUCCCAAUAACUUAUGAGUUCAUACUUAGUUUUACUUUGUGAAGAUGCCAUGUGUAGUAAGAGUGGAAGACAUUUCGACUGAAUGAAAGGCACUUUUUGCUGACGUGAAGGUUCAAACAGGAAGCCGAGGUACGCGGACGUAACCCGUGACCCCGAGCCGGCUGCGCCGUCCAUCAGUAGAGCAGACUCGGAGCAGCUGCCUACUCAUGCAAUCUUUGGAAGGACGUAAUCAACCAGGCUCUACGAAGGCACUUCUUGGCCCAGCUCCUUGCAGCGAUGAAACUGCACAUGCCCUGAUGACACGCUUGGGCUUCCUCCUGGGAGACAGGGUCCUCACCUCCAAUUCUGGCUCUUUACAGCUGCAUACUGAUGGCAGAAGGAACCAAAAGCUGUGUGCAAUGGAGCAGGGAAUCAGCCCUUCUUCCACAUUGACCAGCAGCUCGGCUUCUCCGCACGCUUCAAGCCCGUGCUCCACGCUCGCUGGGCCAUCCACCAGGGGUGCCCCCCCCCUCACACGCUCCUGUCCCUACGGCCUCGUCCCCACUCCCAGCUCUACUCUUGAGAGCAAGGACAGCGGAAUCAUUGCUACAAUUACAAGGUCUAGUGCUUACAUGGAGCGCGGUGGCUGCAGCUUGGAUCAGAUUGAGGAGAGCAGCCCACCGGACGACCCGUCCGACAGCAGUCGACCUGAAGAGCUCAACGAGGCCUCCUGCCAUAUCCCAGAAGAGCCCUCUCACCGACGUACUUUUCUUGGGGACCAUUUUAAGCGUUCUGCCACCCAACUGGAGCCAUAUGAGAUUGAUGCAUUUACGGGCGACCGUUCUGAUGGGUGCUCUGAUCAAGCAGGCUCAUCUCAGAUCCUUGGCUUCUCGGGCCGACGGAAUGAUCAGCACAUUAACCGUCUGGUCCUCUCCAAACAACGGGAUCCAUAUCUGGGAGACCACACCCGUUGCUACACACUCCAUGGAUCCUCCUUCACUUCCCUGGACGCGUCUGUGUUGGCGGAUCGGCCGCCAAUGGCCCCUACGCAUGCGCUCCGGGUGUACGGGAUGCCGGGUGCGGACGAGCUGCAUUCCAGUGCAUCCUUUAGCCUGAGCCGCAGCACGGAAAAGGGUUUGGACAUCUUCCCGUCGCAUUCUACCUACUCCAUCCCCACCUACCUGACACCUCGGCCCAACUCGGUGGCAGCCACGAGCUCUGCGCGGCUGGAGGACCUGAGCUUCCUGGAUGAGCAGCGUGGAGUUCCCCUCCGCACAUCUAUGAGGAUGCCACGGCAGCAUCUGGCGCCUGGCCGCCCGCUGCCUGACCACAGAGCUCCCAGAGUGCAGUCCUGGCUAAACCACUCAAUGCGAUUUGCGCCAUACAAGCCGCCGGACAUUGCACUGAAGCCACUGCUCUUCGAGGUGCCGAGCGUGACCACCGAUUCUGUGUUUGUGGGACGGGACUGGCUGUACUGCGAGCUCGAACGGCAGCUGGCCACCAGCGUGGAUGGCACCAGGGGCACGGGCGCCAGCCCUGAUAGGAACACCAGCUGCAGGGGGGCUGUCAUCGUCGGGGGAGUCGGCACCGGCAAGACGGCCAUUGUGUCUCGGAUGGUGGCCCUUAGCUGCCAUGGCACGCGUAUGUGGCAGAUUGCAUCUGACAGCCCACGCCUACAGCACAAAAAUCCUCACCUCGGUAAGGAGCUGCCGCUGGGCCAGCCUCCGCCUACCACAGAUGGCAUGCGCUUAGUUAGCCGUGGAAGCUGCCCAAACACGCCGGAGCUGCGCUGCAGGCCCGAAGAGGCUGUGAAAAGACUUGCAGCUCAGGUGGUGGCCUACCAUUACUGCCAGGCCGACAACACAUACACCUGCCUGGUGCCAGAGUUUGUGCACAGUGUGGCGGCGCUGUUGUGCCGAGCCCCGCAGCUGGUGUCAUACCGGGAGCUGCUGCUGCGGGAGCCACACCUGCAGAGCCUGCUCAGCCUGCGCGCAUGUGUACAGGACCCCUCAGCUGCCCUGCGUAGGGGGGUCCUUGAGCCGCUGACGGCACUGAGAAGAGAGCGGAAGAUCCUAGAUGAAGAUUUCUUGGUUCUAGUGGACGGACUCAAUGAGGCUGAGUUCCACAAGCCUGACUACGGGGACACCAUUGCCUCCUUCAUCACUAAGCUCCUCUGCAAGUUCCCUCCAUGGCUCAAGCUCGUGCUGACCGUUCGAAACAGCAUGCAGGAGGUGACGAGCUUAUUGCCAUUCACCACCAUCCAGCUAGACAGCGCCAGUGUGGCUGGCGGGGCCGUAGACAUGGGACUUGUGGAACGAGACCUGCAGGCCUACGUCAUGUAUCGUGUCAACGGAAGCCACGAGAUUCAGAGCAACAUUGCGCUGAGUGGACGGCCCGAUGGCGCGGCGCUGGCUAAGCUGGUCUCGCACCUGUCCUCUUUGGCACGCGGAUCGUACCUCUUUCUUCGUCUUACUCUCGACCUCAUAGAAGAAGGACACCUCGUGUUGAAGAGCUCCGGCUACAAGGUGCUCCCUGUCUCACUGUCGGAGGUGUACCUGCUUCAGUGCAAUCUGCGCUUCCCUUCGGGGGCAGCGUUUACCCGGGCACAGCCACUGCUCUGCGUGGCACUGGCAUCUUUGCAUCCGCUCACUGACGAGCAUCUGCUGCGUGCGCUCGCGGCUGGAUGGGUGACGGGGCCUCGCUCGGAUGCCGUAGCUGCGUUCACGUUUGCCCUGGAGAGCGUGUCUCCCUUCCUGGUGCGGCGGCGGGAUGGCACGCGCAUGUUCUGCCACCCCUCGUUCCGCGAGUGGCUCAUGUGGCGGCCCGAGGGCGAGAGCACCAAGUUCCUCUGUGAUCCCAGGAGUGGUCAUGCACUGCUGGCCAUGAGCUUCUCGCGUCAGGAGGGAAAGCUUAACCGACAGCACACGAUGGAGCUGGGCCACCACGUCCUCAAGGCUCACAUCUAUAAGGGUUUGAGCAAGAAACUCGGCAUCUCAUCUAGCAUCCUGCAGGCUCUCUGGGUGGGGUACAGCACAGACAGCUUGUCUGCUGCGCUGGCCUCACUCCGCAACCUCUACACGCCCAACAUCAAGGUGUCUCGGCUACUAAUUCUGGCGGGGGCAAACGUGGAUUUCCGCACAGAGGCACUGAGCAAUGCGCCGGUGCUGUGCGUGGAGUCCCACUUGGGCUACAGCGAGAUGGUCUCCUUGCUGCUGGACUCGGGCGCUGACAUGGAUACAGCCAGCGAGAGUGGAAUGACACCGCUGUGCUACGCCGCAGCUGCCGGGCAGCUGGAAAUUGUCGCUCGUCUCUGUCGUCGCAGUGCCAAGCUGGCACACGUGGACCGCAAUGGGCAAUGUGCGCUGGUGCACGCCGCACUGCGGGGUCACCGCUCGAUCGUGGAGUUCCUGGUGAACCAGGACUGGUCCUUGGCUGGGCAGCAACCCGGAUUGCCGCGCAAGGGACAGGCGAUGCAGCAGGGUCUCACGGCUGCCUCUAGCAUGGGCCACACUGAGGUUGUGGAGUAUCUGUUGGAUUUUUCGGCUGAUGAAAAGAAACAGGAGAAUCAGUCACAAAUCGAUGCCUUUGACAGUCUGUGGGGAGAGACCGCACUCACUGCAGCCAGUGGCCGUGGCAGGCUGGAGAUAUGUGAGCUGCUGUUUGAGCGCGGGGCCACGCUUUCGCAGCCCAACCGCCGUGGGGUCAGCCCCGUGUUCAGUGCAGCGCGUCAGGGCCAGUGGCAGGUAGUGGACUUACUGCUGAAACGGGGUGCAGAGGUGGAUGUUAUGGACAGGCAGGGUCGCACGGCUCUCAUGGUUGCAUCCUGCGAGGGUCACAUUGGCACAGUGGAAUACCUCCUUUCCAAAGGUGCGAGUAUCGGAUGUGUGGACAAGGAAGGACUCAGUGCCCUCAGCUGGGCCUGUCUGAAGGGCCACCAGCCGGUGGUGCAAUCUUUGGUUGGACGUGGUGCCGCCAUUGAUCAUACGGACAAGAAUGGGCGCACGCCACUUGAUCUCGCUGCUUUUUAUGGUGAUGCUGGAGUGGUUCAAUAUCUGGUGGAGCAUGGAGCCAUGAUAGAGCAUGUGGAUUAUAGUGGCAUGCGCCCGCUCGACCGUGCUAUUGGAUGCCGGAACACCGCUGUGGUUGUUGCCUUACUGAAAAAGGGUGCCAAGCUUGGUCCUGCUUCCUGGGCUAUGGCCACCUCAAAGCCAGACGUCAUGAUAAUAUUGCUCAACAAGUUGAUUGAGGAGGGAAACUUCCUCUACAAGGCAGGACGAAUGAAAGAAGCAGCCCAGCGCUACCAGUAUGCUCUGAAGAAAUUUCCUCGUGAGGGCUUUGGUGAAGAACUGAAGACCUUCCGUGAACUCAAGGUCACCUUGUAUCUUAAUCUGUCACGCUGCCGUCGCAAGAUGAAUGAUUAUGGAAUGGCAGAAGAAUUUGCUACAAAGGCUCUGGAAUUGAAGUCAAAAUCGUACGAGGCUUUUUACGCCCGGGCUCGUGCCAAGCGCAGCAGCAGACAGUUCAUGGCCGCGCUGGAGGACCUACAUGAGGCGGUGCGCUUAUGCCCAGAGAACCGGGAAAUUCGUCGCCUACUUGCACGGGUGGAGGAUGAAUGUCAGCAGCAGCUCCUGCUUCCACAGAGCCAGCAGCAGCAAGUACAGCAGGAAGGAAACUGCACACAAACUGAAGAGGGUUACUAUGCUGAGCCUCCCACUUACGGUGGAACAAAGCAUGGGCAGGAUUAUUAUCCUGUGGCAAUGCCAAAGGAUGCCAAUGGCAAAUUAGAGAAUUCUGAUGAGGAUGAGUCUCCGUCUUCUCCCCAAGCUUUGCGUUCUCGCCCGACUUACCCAUCUCCCAUUGAGACCUCUCCCUGGUCUGUUGCGCUGCAGCAAGAAAUGAGAGUUAAAUGCAACUUGGGGUCAGACAUUCAAGGCAGAGCUGAACUCAGGCCUGGGGAGGGUACUCAAAUGGUUCCUCGAUCACACCAGGAUGCUGCUGCUCGAGAGCAAAUGCUUAGAACCCAAUCGGCCCAACAUCCCUGGCUGGUAAGCAGAGGAAUGAGUGUUGGAAUGGGAAACAAAAUGUCCCAAUAUGAACCUAAAAGUCCAGUGAUGCAGAGAUCAGUGGAAUUGCCCUCCUCUGCUGUAUCCCAAGGCAGAGUUUUUCACCAAACAUCCCUGAAUGUUGAGAUGAGUAGUGGUCGGCCAAUGCAAACCGGUGGCAACAGAGGACUUCAGCAGCACCUGUCGAUUUUGGAAACAGAGCCCCACAUGUACAGUAAGCAUCCUCUGUCAGAUAUAAAUGCAAGUGUCUUUGAGCGCAAAGAGCAAGAGAAGCCCAAGCUAUGUAGGGAGUCAACAAUGGGAGCUUAUAGCCGUCCAGGUCAACUCAUUCCCCUGGAAGUGAGGCCACAUCCACCUACUCCUCGUCCUUCGCUUCAUGUUAUGAGUGCUGGCCUCUGCAGCUCUUCUCUCAGUCUGAUGGAGGCAGGGAAUCCCCAGUAUGCCUGCAGUCCCCAAGCUGAGGUGCGCAUCCGUACCACAUUGGACUUAAAGUCGCUGACCAGUGCAAAUAGCAUUGGAGUUGCUUGCAGUGGAGGUGAGCGCCCUGGUAUGAUAUCUCCCACACAAGAUUCGAGACAGCUUGUUUUGCCUGACAGCAAGUCCCGUCCGACACCCUUCAUGGGAGUCACAGACAAACGUGCUCGGGCCCAUCAGUUGCAACUGCCACUCGUAUCAGCACAGCAGCCAACACCACAACAGCAACAGCAGCAGUCACAAAGCGGCAGGAAGUGGGUCACAUCAUCGGUUGAUGUUAUUGUGACAAGUCCCGUCUCUGACUCACCCCUCUCCUCUGCGGAAUCUCCUCCAAUGAACAGCCUGGCCUAUUACAACAAGACAAACAAUUAUCUUGAGCAACAAGAGGGCACUGGCAUUGACUCACCACCUUUGCCACAUCAGCAAAAUAACAACAACAUGCAUAACGGACGAUGCCUUAUGCAGGAGGAGCCCUCCACACAUGAUGAGGACAGGUCCUCAAAGCCAGCUUCACUCUCAUUGCAGGGAUAUCAGGAUGGAGUGGGCAUCAUUGUACAGCAUGUGGUCAAGGAUCCCAAACCACCAUGCACCUCCCCACUCAUUCCUAAACGCCCUUUUGUGGAGUCUAAUGUAUAAGGCUGUGGCGAGCACACUCUUAACUACAUCCUAAAUAGUUUGUGAAGGUCAGUUAAAACUUUUCCACAAUCAUGCAAAUAGGUGUGGCAAAAUAAAAAUAUGAAAUGAUGUAAAGAGAAAAUACAUAAGCAUGUGAAAAUGUUGUGCAUCCCUAUAUCUAAGAAAACGAUUGUACAUUUAGCUUUAGAGUUAUGUAUUAUUCAUGUUAUGCAUUACUGCUGCAAAAAAGCGGAAAAGCAGAAUCUAAGAAACUAUGUAAUGUGUUCCUCUGAGUGAAGUGCUUGACCUUGCCAGGUUUAAAACAAUCUACUGAAAAUGAGCCAGGGCUUUUAGCCAAAAGGUAAUUAUUCACCAGUCUUAACCAUCACUGGAUACACUUAGCAUAAAAAUGUAGAAGAAUACACCAAUAGCGAGCAGAAUCAAAGUUUCAUUCAUGCCAUUCAAGGGCUCCUGGAUAGGCCUGUAUAUAUAGCUCGUGUAUCAAAUUGUUCUGUUUGGAAGAAACUUGGUAUGGUAUUGUACACUGAAUGCACAUUACGCGUUUUUUUCUUGUGUAUUAUAGUGGUGUCUAUAACGAAUCCCACAGAUGUGUUGGUAGUUCCUUAAUCUACCAGCAAAAUUAAAAUAAUCACUUGGUGAUGUAGUGCAGCGAUCACUGUACCCUACACGUUCCAAUUUGUAUGACAAUCUGGAAUCUCUUGUCGGAUGCACACGUAUCAAUAAGAGCACUGUCCUUAAAGGGGAUAUUAAGCCUGCUCCCUCAUUUGUUUUCUUGCAGAUGUCAAAUGCCCCAGUGAUGUGCGAGCCCAGUUAAGGGAAGACAGUGCUGACUUUUUUACGUUUUAUCUGUCAUCUGUGCCAGGUGUGGCUUCAAACAAAAGUUUUACCACUCGGUAUUUAUGAACCGCAAUUGACUACACAUGGCAACAAGUUAAACACAAGACAGUACAUGAGUUUGAGUCCUCUCUCUUACUAUUGGUAUGAGCAGGGCCCAUGGCAUGGGUCUCGUGAAAUCGUUAAUCGUUCUUGCAGUACCCGUAUUUCCCGCUAGAGGGUAGGGUAGGAACCCGGUAAAUGUGGCUGGAGUGUGAUUCCUGCAACAUGAGCGUUUCAUAUUACCCAUGCAACUCAGGGUCUCUCCUGAGACGGCCCCUUCUACAGAAAGAGUAUCGCGUAGCUAAAGGAGCCAGGUGACACAUUGCAAAAAGUUAAAUACAAAGAGUCAUGGUUGAGCUUUUUUGCAAAGAUUACGUGUUGUGCUCUUGUCAUGCUCGUACAGGCGCGUAUGAAUGAAGCAUUAACGUGCAGAAAUAAAUAGUACACAUGUUUUUUUUUCAAUGCAGAAUGUAACUCUGACGUAUCGCCACCAGAAUUGUUCACUCUGCAAAGUUGAUCGCCUCAUUAGAAUGACUCAAAUUCCAUUGCCAUUUACCUGACGGCAAUUCAACCCAUGGAGGAUGUAAUGCUGUGCACUUGUGGUGUUGUGUCUGUACAUUAUUAGUAAUACUACGUUUAUGCGUAAUAUAUGUACAUAAAUGAAAAUGUUGCCUUGCGGAUAACUUUAAACUUAACUGCAUUUCUUGUAAAUAUGCAUUUGGUGUAAAUUAUUGAAAACAUGGAAUGCAGUAGUAUUCACAAUGUAGUCAGAUGCAUUUUCAACUGCCAAAAUAUGUAUAUAUAAUAAGUAUGCUGAAAAAAGAUGUACCACCAAAUAGUUGCACUGACUGUGGAAUGAUGAAUGAUAUAUCAUUGUGAAGUGCACUUUACUGCAGUAUUUAGGUGGCAUAGUGCUGACAAACAACGUGUUGGUCUUGAUGUGCUGUGCACAGAGUUUAAGAUGACAAACAAUUGUUAGGUAUCACGAUCAAAGUGCUAAUGUGCAAGCUACAUCUGGUUAGUAAAUAUAUUGCUUCUAUUACUGAAGGAAAGUGUAUGUAUGCAGUCUUUUUUACGUGUUUUUGUUUUAUAUUGCAGUACAUGUGGUACACAACAGUUAAUGAUUACAUAUUAUGGAUAUUUGCAUGUUUGUUUAUUAACUUUACAGUAACCUAAUGGUACACAGUCCUUUCUCAUCUCACACCAUACCCAUAAUCCCUUCUUUAAAAAAAGUGCAACACUUUUUGUUAAAUAAACUAUUUAAAUGUCAGUUGCACAAGUGGAUGGAUGCCUUUUAUUUGUCGGGCAGUUGAGGAUUCGAUGUGAAUGUCGGCUACAAGGAGCCGGGUGCAAUCAUCACCUUUACUGUUUAAUUUACUACAUUAUUUUAAUUGUGUUACCCAGCAUGUGUAGCAGCCCUAUGGGGUAUUAACUGAAAAUAAUCUGCUAUUCCCAUUACUCGAGUCCUCUCCACAUCCAACAACAAGAAAAAAAUUGGUAAAAAAAACUAUUGCAAAAUGUUAUUUAAAAAAAUAGUUCAUUUCAUAGAAAGUUGCAUCGGUAUACUUUGUGCGUGUGAGCUUGUGUUUUUUGCAUCCUGUGUAGUUCAAAGAUUAAAAUCCAGGACAAACCCGUGCACGCUCACACCCUUUUUCUGGAAAAGGUUUGGAAAUGUGACUUUUCGCAGAAAUCAAAUGUCAAAAAUGGUUUUAGAAGUAAUAAAAUAACACAUUUGAUGCGCGAUUGUAAACUAGUUUGUAACUAUGGCAGCGUUGUGUAAGGAAAUAGCUAUUUUUACACAUGGUCGUGAAAGUUUAAUUGUUGGUACUUUAAAAUGGAUAUCAACCUAUGAAUUUCCAACAGGCACCCAACAACGUAUACGCAAAAAAAUGAGUGCUGUAAUGCUGGAGUAUAUGAUUGUGCAUUUCAUCUCAACAUGUAUGAAUAAAUUAUGUUUUUCCUGGUAAAUGUGAUCUCAUUGGUUGUGUUCAGAUACGGAGAUUAUUCAAAUCAAAUUACAUCAUAUGAACUGGGUGGAUUCUGAAAGAUGGAUGAGAUUUGAGUGGUGCAAUCUGACUGAAUAAUGAAUAUGUAUACACUAGGUGACCAUAAAGCCUCGCCUGUAUUUUGGUGUCCCUAUGCUGUACUGUAUUUGGAAAUAAAUGCAUCUAAAUGGAC